CAUAAAACUUUGGAACGAAUAGAAAACAACUGGCAUGUGCCUGACCUGGUACAGGUAUUGUGACAGGAUUAUUAAGUUUAAACCUAUUUUGUUUUUUUUGCUAGUAACACAUUUGAAUGUGAUACUGUGAAUUUAAAAAAAAACAGGAAAAUUGGGUUUUUAAAUAGCCAACAUGUACGUAUAAAAACAAUCAGAAGAAAAGGGACCGAAUUGCAGCAGAACUUAGAUAAAAGAUCGACGAAGGUCGUCUUUAAACAUAUGUAAUUUGGUUAUUUUUAUGUUUACAUUGUGAAUUAUUUAAACUCAUUCGUUUUAAUAUACUUAUUAACAUAUCAAUGGCAUUUUCUAUCAAAUUUUGUUGUAAAAAAAUAGUAAACAUAUCAUAUAACAUUUAAAUUCGUCUUUAUAUCUGUCCACCUUUAAUAUCAAUAUUAAUUGCUAUAUAUCAAAUAAAAUUCCUCAGGCUGGUGAACACAGGGAAUCUAACAAACUAAAGAACAAAAGAGUUACUAGCCGUUACGGAAUUUUUUGUACAAAUAUAGUGUUUUAAUAUUCGUACUUUUAUAUUCAAUACAAAUAUAAUGAUGGCAGUACGAUCGGUACUUUAAAUGUUUACAAUCGCUUCAAUGGAUUUGAAAAGAUUUGAACAUAUAUUAGUAAUUUUUAAUAUUUCCUGUUAAUUUAUGUUUUGCAUCAUGAGGAAUACUUAGUGAAUUAUCAUAAGAAAAAAGACGUUUGAUGAAUCCCAAAUAAUCACAAGUCAGCAGCUAAGAAUUGAAAUUUAAAAGGGAAAUGUUGUUUGUAUACAUUGUAUACAUACUUGGCACUUUUUCCUGUGGAUAUGCUGCUGAAAGCAUUGACGGAAAAAGAUUAGCAGAGGAACUUAAGAAAAUAAAAAAAGAUAUCGGUGUUGAUCACAUGCAGGAACAAUUCAAUAAAUUUCAAUAUGACAUUAAGUCGGAUACAGGGACCCAGUUAUUAAACAAGAUUCAAUCCAGUCUUGAAACAUCCCUGAAUGACUUGAAUAUGGUACUAGACAAUGUUUAUUCAGAAAUUAUAUCAGAUGAUACAUCAGAUACUCUAUCAACAAAUCUACAGCGAUGCUGUGAACUACAGGAAAGUGACUUAACGUACUUGCCGGAGUUUCAGUCAAAGGUCGAUAGAAGUAAAGCGUGUGUUACCACAUCGCUGUUAGCUGGAAACAAUAUGAAAUACCCGACAGACCAAAUCAGUGAUGUAAUGAAAACCAACUAUGAAAACAAUAAGAACGUGUUAUGGCAGCAUUACAGCACUACAGAGGGUGUGUCUGUUAUUUACCCAGCCACGAAGUGGGAGAACUGUCAGAACUUUGAUCCAAGGUUUAAAUCUUCAUACGCCGCUGCAGCUUCGCCAACGGAUAAGGAUGUCGUGAUUGUGAUAGAUGCAAGUGCGUCUAUGAGACAGCCAACUGGAGUGGUAGACAAAACUAAGAUUGUCCUUGCCAAAGGAGCAGCAAACAAUGUAUUGCAAACACUUAAACCAAAUGAUAGGGUAGGGAUUGUUCGAUUUGAUAACAAUGCAUAUACUCCAACAGGAGGAACAUAUAGUUCAUGUUAUGAAAACCAACUUGCAUUUGCAACAAAAGAAAAUACGGACAAACUAAAGGGAUACAUAUUUUCUAUAGAGCCAUCUGGGAAUUCUGAGCAUAACUUUGAAAAUGCGUUAUUAGCUGCAUUCAAAUAUUAUAAUUCCUCUCAUGAAGAUGUUCAGCUUGCAAAUAGAGAACAAAUAAUUCUAUUCAUCACUGAUGGGAUCUCUUCGUCUGGGAAUAACCCGGUCCAAGUUAUCAGCAGUGAGAAUUCAAAAUAUGGAAAUAAAAUUGCAAUUUUUACUUAUCUCCUAGGACAAGAGGAAAAUGCAAAGACAAUGUUAAAAGGUAUGGCGAAUCAGACUCUACACAAUGCUUCCUAUGGACCGAAAGCAAUUGGACGCUUCGAGUAUUUUGACCAAGGUAACCAGACAUUUUUUCCAAUAAAAUUGGCUACAUUUUAUGUGCAUCUACCAACAGGAGGCCAAGCAGACCAAUCAACAUACACUGUGCCGUAUGUAGAUCCUUUCUCGGGAGUAGGUUUAAUUACAUCAUUAUGUCGACGUGUGCAAGUAUCGAGUGGAUUGCAUGGAGUAAUGUGCACCGAUGUGAAAAUAAGCAAACUUUUGACUGAAAUUGAGUACUUCUCUGAGGACGAAUUCACCUAUGCGUUUAUGAUAGACGGUACCGGGAGAACACUUAUGCAUCCUUUGUUACCAAAUGCAGCAUUUGUUAAGUCUACGGAAGAUCCUGUUCUUGUCGAUAUUGGUGUGUUCGAACGAGGAGACGCUGCCAAAUCAGUUAUUGAGUCAAUGAAAAGUGGAGGCACUGGUUCGAAAUCAUUUACGAAGUUCUUUACCAAACCACGUGGUAAACUGGUUAAUGAUGGUAGUAGUGAUACCAGUCGUCAAGCACAUUUCUUUUGGGGUUCGAUACCGAGGAGUAACUUUUCUGUGUGCGUUGUUUUUGUAAACGAAUCGUACGCAGAAAUUUCUGAAUCCAAAUUUCCGAGUGACACAGAUAUAGACAUGGUUUUUAUGUACCAUAAUCGGAGUUUGCUUACUGAUAACUUUCCUGAUUGUAAAUUCUACAAGAGGCGUGUAACAUUAGAUCGUAGUUGUGUAAAGUUUUCACAGGCUGCCUUUGAAAACCCUUUUCAAUAUUUAGACCGUGACGAGACAGCGGAAGAUGUCAGUAAAUACCAAGGUUUUCUAACAAACAAGAACGAGAUUAAUCCUGGGUUUAAGUCAACACUUCGAUCAUCAGUGUGGGCUACAUAUAAAGCUGAAGAAUUUUGGAAGAGUAAUAAGGCGAGGUACGUGGCAUGGAGAUACAUUGCAACAAAAGCAGGGCUGAUCAGGAUUUAUCCUGGAGUUAAUCUACUGAAAUCAUAUGAUCAUGAAAAACGAGGAUGGUGGCGACAGGCGAUGGCACACCCAGGCUCCAUGUUUGUAACCACACCCUAUGUUGAUGCCUGGGGAUCAGGAAUAGUUCUAACAUUUGUGCAUACGAUACAUAAAAAAGGUUCGAAUAUAGUAACUGCUGCAUCAGCUGCAGAUUUUCCAUUGGAAUACUUUAAUUGGUUCAUUACUAGUGUGUAUCCAUCCUGUGGCAGUAACAUUGACGACUACAGUUGCAUUAUAAUAGAUGACAGUGGAUUUGUUGUAAUGCAUCCACGACUCAAAGAGACAUCUGAUGAAAAUGCAUUUAAGGAACCCAAGCAUAUCACUGUAGAGGAACCUGAAAUUGCAAAUGUAUUACGCAGUCAAGGAGUGUUAAAUCCAAAAUCAUGCCAAGAUUAUUCUACGAAUAAAGAACUGACGUCCUAUAGGGUAACGUUACCAACAAUAAUGUCGAGCGGACUAGACUUUGCCAAAACAAGCAACACGUUUGAGUUAAGACCUAUAACUGAAACUAAUCUAUUUAUCAUCAGAAGGAAGUCCAAGCCAAAUGUACCGCUAACCUGUACUUGUGAUGACUCUAAGUCCCCAGAUGUUGUGGAAUGUAAAAGCAACUGUAACUGUUUGUGUCAUAAACCUAUCAUCCACGAUGUUUGUGCCAACUCAUAUAGUACAGAAUCUGCCCCUUUCCCAUGCAGUGCUAGACUACCUGAUACAUCAGGAGUAAGUGAACCUGAUGUUACAGCUGGACUGGGCACAUGCUAUAUUCCAACCUGUCAUCUCAAAUCAGAAAACCAAGAUUGUUUUAGCGAGGCUGAGUGUAGCUGGUGUGAAUAUACGGACACAAGUCAACAGAUAGAAACGCCAUGUUGUAGAUUAAAGGAGGAAUGCACUUUCGGAAAAACAAAAUCAUCAACAAGAGAUACUUGUGCUCCACUACCAGCUACUCCAGGUGGCUCUGAUAAAUCGUCAGGUGGCGCUGAUACAAGUACAAUUGGAGGUAUAAUUGGUGGAUCAAUAGUGUUUGGUAUCCUACUUACGCUCAUUAUAAUAUUUGGAAUAAAGCAUUUCCGAUCGAAAUAUCCAAAUGAAGAUGUAGAUCCUUAUUUAGAUGCUGUUCCUGGUCAGGAACUUAGACAAUACACAGAAAAAGAGGAAUUCAGUAGUGCUGAAUCGCUACCACCACCCUACAAGAUGCAACCAGAAGUUAAUCAAAACUUUUAUUGUGACUCGGCUUCUUAACAAAACAUUUAAAUAUAGACAAAUAUUACUAAAACAUAUUUAAAAAAUGUAAAUAAAAUACCCUUCUAUAUUAUAUUAAAUAUCUAAAUAUUAUUUGAAGGAUUGUCUCCUUAAGACUGGAACACAUUUAUAUUCAUGUUCAUGUUUUCAUAUUCAUCAGGUGUCUGAAUAUUUCUAUGUAUAUUUUCCUUUUCAGUUUGGUUUUUAAUUUUUGACAUCCAAGAUUUUAUAGUAAAUUAGUCGGGAAAAUAGUUAUUACCUGACUGUUUGCUUUUUAAGAAAAGUAUUUAUUAAGAUGGCUGCUAAAUAGUUUUUUAAUAAAAUUCUUUACGUGAGCUCACUUUUAACAAUAAACACUAUCGAUUUGUAAGGAUCCAUUUUAACUUGAAUGAUGUAACUUUAGUGCAAACAUGUAAUUUGAGAUGUCUUGAAGAUUAAACAACAUAACCAAAAACAGUUUGCAUAUGACUUUUGAUAAAUUUUAUUCUGUGAAAUUACUUAAUCAAAAUAAUACUUAAUAAGUCUCCUUAUAUGGUACAUCAUAUAACAAUAUAUUGGUCUUUAAAUUAGACUG